AUGCGAAAUCGAGGGGGCUACAAGAAUUACAGAGGUGGUGGAGGAGGUGGAUACAAGGGCUACAACCGCGGGGGAAAGUUCAACAACUACAACAAGAGAAGAAGAUCGAGUUUUGACAGAGACGACUAUCAGAACGAAGAGCCGGAAGCACCCUUUGAAUCUAGUGGCGCUCCAUUAGGGAACUUCAAAAUCGUCCUCGGCGGCGGAGACAAUCGAGUGAUCGCUGGAGAAGGUGAGGAUGUCCCGUCUAUUCAAAGUCGCCUUGGUCCAAUCGCAAAACUACGAACCCGUGUUCAUUCUUCGGAGGAAAAUGACUCUUCCGAAGAAGCGUUACCGAAAACUAUCUCAAGCAGAAUUGUCAGACCCCCAGAAGAUCCUAAAGAAACGUCAGAAGCUUCAAAAUCGGGAUCUAAAUCGAACAGAGUAAUCACUGUCGGCAAAGAUGAAGAGACAACCUCGAGAAAGUCUUCUAAGGAAGAGAAGAAAGUCAAUGGCUCAUCGAAAAUCGGACCGAAUCAUUCUCGAUCAGCAAGAAUCUCUAGUAGAAGAUCUUCAAAAAGUCCAGAGUCUAAGAAACGCCGUUCAGCGACCCCUAAGCGUCGAAGAUCCCGAUCAAUUUCUCCAAAAGUCUCUAAAAGAUCGCCCACAAAGACCUCUAACGAAAAUCGACCCACUGAAAUGAAAGAACCCACAGAAAAUCAAACUGCUAAAUCGCGCCCACUAGUGCUCGAUAACCCACAACUGACUCAGAUUGACAUUGACGAGCUCGUCGAGCUCAACUUUGAUUUUUUCAAAAAGCGGCUGAAAAAGAUCGUUAACCAACGCGAUCGGCUUGGUCGCACGCCACUCAUGAUCAUAUUGGACUUUACCGCCGUCAAAGCAAACGUAAAAUCCUUCGAGGAGAGCCAGUUCAAGCACGUGACAAAGGCUACACGCGAAUUGAUAAAUGCAGGCGCUGAUUUACGGGUGAAAGAUAUCUUCGGCGAUACACUUAUGCAAUAUCUUGCACGAUGGCGAUUUGGAAAGGAGAGCUUCAAGUCGAAGAGUGAGCAACAUCUGCCCCGUCGCAUGAGGGAAAUACUCAAGGAAUUGCCUUUGAAAGAAACCGGUCGUGGAGCUCUUUCUAUUGCUAAUCUGAAGGAUGCUGACGGACGAGCGUUUUAUCAUAAUUUAUUCUGGUCCAAUUUUAGAGAUCAAAGCCAAGUGGAGGUUGAUCGCCUUGCUUCUGCGUUUGAAAUUAUCGCUGGCAGCUUGAAACUAUCCGAUGAAGAUUGGGAAAUCGAAGACGGAGAAGGAAAUACACUUGCAGAUACUCUUCUUGAGUCGGAGCUGUUUUCGAAGGCUGCUUAUAGAGCAAUGAAAGAAAAAUCUGGACGGGUCGAAAUAAAACCAGUUGAGCGAGCGCCUGAUAAAUUUGGAGAAAAUCCUUUCAAGCCAAAGAAAAAGCAAUCUCCUCGCCAGUCAAUUCAAGAAGAACAACGACCAAAACGAAGGGACUCUCCAUCGCCAGUUAGAAGAAAGAGAUCCAGUGAAUCUGACAAUCAAUCAAGACAAAAGUCAGUUGAAAGACCUCCACCAAGAAAACAGCAACAGGAAGUUGCUUAUUACAGUGAUAGUGAUCAUGCAGAUGAAAUGGAUAUUCACGCCAACGCGGAUGAUUUUAUUGACGAUGUUAUUCAAAUGAUUCCUCAGAAGAAAAAGAACAGAACGACAUCCCGAAGGAGUGAAACUCCGAAAAGAAAGAGAUCUCGUUCACGAAGUAAAUCAAAGCGAGUUGACCAAGGAAGAAAUGGAAGACGAGAACCUGAAACGAGAAGCUCCCGUCGAACGCGACGAAAGUCUCCUACUCCGAUUCAAGAGGAACAACCAAGGCGAUCGGAUUCUAGAACAGGAAUGACUAGGAAUCGAAGAAAUAGCGAUGCUCACCGAUCUCCUGUUCGACGAACUUCAAACGAUGAAUCAAGGACAAGAAGACGAACGCAUCAUUCUCCAGAAGCAGUUCAUCGAAAUGAGUCUCGUGGAAGAAGAGAAUCUCCUCAAAGAAGACGCCCAUCAAGGCAUGUUUCGAAGUCUCCGGAGCGAAAAAGGCCAAUGCACGCCGAAGACAGACGGCAUAGAGAUAGAGGCUCGCCCGUUAGAGUUAUAGAUUCAAGAAGUCAUAGGAGACGAGGAGACAUGAGCCUGAAGAGAUCGCGUGAUCGAAAUCAACGAAGAUCAAUCUCCAACUCGCCGCCUAGAAAUUUUGAACUUGCUGGCUCUCGUCACUCUCCGCUAAUCGAUGACCGCCGCCGCUAUUCACCUGAGAGAAGAGGAUCGCCGGAGAGAAGAUCGCGCCGCGAGUCCAAGGAUCAAUUACUGCGCCUUGCAAAUUAUUGA